GUAGUCGCGGUUCCUUCGGUCCGCCGUAUUCGCAUAAAAAGAAAGAAACCACAGCGCACAUUAGAUAUCCCCGAACUGCACGCAAAUUAUAUGAGACGCAGAUUCUGGAAAGUGGUGCAAGCUUGUCGCUUUCUACCGAGGGGCGCCAGCCGGGAUCAGGCGCGGCGCAGACAGCCUCAGGGGCCCUCGGCUGGGCGGGGCUUGCUCGCGGGGGCUUGUGGCUCCUUCCUGCGCUUCCUCUCUCUUUCGCUCAGGCCCGUGGUGCCGGCAGGAUGGGCAAGUGUCGCGGUCUUCGUACUGCCAGGAAGCUCCGUAGCCACCGACGAGACCAGAAGUGGCAUGAUAAACAGUACAAGAAGGCCCAUUUGGGCACAGCCCUGAAGGCCAACCCUUUUGGCGGCGCCUCUCACGCCAAGGGAAUUGUGCUGGAAAAAGUAGGAGUUGAAGCCAAACAGCCAAAUUCUGCCAUCAGGAAGUGUGUCAGGGUUCAGCUAAUCAAGAAUGGCAAAAAAAUCACUGCUUUUGUACCCAAUGAUGGUUGCUUGAAUUUUAUUGAGGAAAAUGAUGAAGUUCUGGUUGCUGGAUUUGGUCGCAAAGGUCAUGCUGUUGGUGACAUUCCUGGAGUCCGCUUUAAGGUUGUCAAAGUAGCCAAUGUCUCUCUUUUGGCUUUAUACAAAGGCAAGAAGGAAAGACCAAGAUCAUAAAUUUUGAUGAUGAAAGCACGAUAGUAAUAAAUUUUCAUAUACCAAAAAUAUGUUCUUUGUCCUCUUUUCCUCCCCCAAGGAAAACUGUUGAUUGAGGAUUUUUAGAGUAAAUGGGAUUCAUAAAUUUUUUUUCUCUGUGGAAUAAACCAUAUUAGUUAAAGCUGAAAUAAAUGUACGGUAUGUUGAGAAAACCCAA